ACAGUGUGUAUUUGCCUUCGAACCGCGUACGACGUGCUUGUGCUUGUGCUGUCUGUGUUGUGUGCGAAGCGAGAAGCGAAGCCGAAAACGCCGAAGCCGUCGCCAUCGCAGAGCCGUUGAGAAAAAUUAUUAUUAUUAUUAUUGCUAUUACUAUUAUUAUUGCUAUUACAUAGCGCUAUUAUUGUUAUUGCCGCACAACAACUACAGCUAUCACAAUUCUCUGCGGGCAGUAAGCGCAACAAAUUAGGACGUCGCCAACAACAAAUAAAUAUUUCCAAAAACAAAAAAAUAAGAAACAACUCGUCGCGAUCUUUGGCAACGUUAGCUGCAAAGAAACCAAACCAAAACGGACAAACAAAUCACAAAUUAUAAAAACGCGCGCGCGUCUCGAUACGCGACAUUCGAUCGGUCGUUACGUCGUUACGUUACAUUACGCGGUACGAAGCAUACGUUAACGGUAAUUUGUGGAUUCGUGGAGCCGCCGCCGUCGCGUUGCCGUCGCUAAAACAAAUCUUUUCAUUGAAACAUUUUAUCAUUGCUUUGCACGUUUCACGUUGCACCAACAACAGCAACAGAAACAGAAACAACAACAACAUCAAACUCAACGUGCAGCAAAAACGUUAGUUUAAAGUUGAUCAUUCGCUGCAGUCUUCAGAUUGACAACAAGUUUUUGUUUUUGUAGUAUAUUAUAGUAUGUAGAAGCAGCUGUGAUAAAUAGUGCGCAUAUUAUACGAAGAUUAUACGAAGCAAGAAGUAUACGAAAAGCAAACAAGCGAAUAUAAAGAAAGUUAAAAAGUCCUCGAGCUGAGGAAGAAGAAGAAGAAGACGAAGUCUAAAGCAAAGACGAAGAAGCAGCUGCUGCAAAAAGGCUCGAGCAAUGGAUUUAUGACAACGAAAACGACAACGAGAUCAACAUCAACAACAACUGCAAACUAUGUUGUCUGGCCCACACAAGCAGCAGCAACAAAAACAACAACAACAACUCUAUAACAACAACUGUAUACUAAGAAGAGCAGCAACGGCAACUCUAACAAAAACAAAUUGUAUACGAUUUUUAUAAACUACAAAACAAAACAAAAAGGAAGAAAAUAACAUCAAGUUAUAUGUAAAUAUUAUAUAAACAUUAAUUUAUAUAUCUAAAUCUAUAUAUAUAUAUAUGAUGAUACAAAAAUACAACAAAUACAAAAAGAUCUCCCGCUAAUAACAACAACUAAAACGCGCGCGUAAAAACAACACCAACAACAACAAAGUAUACCAGCAACAACAACAGUAACAAAAUAAAUACAUAAAUCUAAGCAAAAAAUAACAACAAAUUUAAUGCGAAGAUUUUAACAAAUGUGCCUGUGUUAAAACCGAAAGCAAGAAAGAAGAAGCGAAUUGGUAGUGCAAGAGCAUUCAAAAGUACUUCGUCUAUACAAAAUAAAAAAUAGAGAGAAAAAUAUUACAAAUAAAAAUACCCGUAUUCUAAUAAUAUUUUUGUGAGUGUCAAGCAAAAAAAAAAAACAAAAACAAAAAAACAAAUACAGCAACCGACAAACUAAAGCGUCAAGCGUAGCAGGAGGCCCCAACAGAUUGACAACAAAUCUAGACAUCCACAGAUCUUGAGAGAUCAACACAAGACAACACAACGACGACUAGGACGAGGACGCAAGGGACGCGGGCCCCUCGUUUUGUGUUGCGCCGCCAACUGUCGUCUGUACACCACUAAAAGUGGCACAAAUCGGGUUAGACGUCGCUCCCAGAGCAUUAAUGGCUCAGCCUAGGUAUGACGACGGCCUGCAUGGCUACGGCAUGGACUCUGGCGCCGCAGCAGCGGCGAUGUACGAUCCACAUGUCGGCCAUCGGCCGCCGGGACUGCAAGGCCUCCCCUCGCACCAUUCACCGCACAUGACGCAUCCAGCGGCAGCGGCCACAGUUGGGAUGCACGGCUACCAUUCCGGGGCUGGAGCGCAUGGUACACCUAGUCAUGUAUCACCGGUUGCUAAUCACCUCAUGGGCGCAAUACCCGAGGUACACAAACGUGAUAAGGAUGCGAUUUAUGAACAUCCGCUAUUCCCGCUCUUGGCGCUAAUAUUCGAGAAAUGCGAAUUGGCCACAUGUACGCCGAGGGAGCCAGGCGUCCAAGGUGGCGAUGUUUGUUCGUCGGAAUCGUUUAACGAGGAUAUUGCAAUGUUCAGUAAACAGAUAAGAUCACAGAAACCCUACUAUACCGCAGAUCCCGAGGUCGAUUCACUGAUGGUGCAAGCAAUACAAGUGCUUCGGUUUCACCUUUUAGAGUUAGAAAAAGUGCAUGAAUUAUGCGAUAAUUUCUGUCAUCGAUAUAUCUCAUGUUUAAAGGGUAAAAUGCCAAUAGAUUUAGUGAUCGACGAACGGGACACCACCAAACCACCAGAAUUAGGUUCAGCAAAUGGUGAAGGAAGAAGUAAUGCCGAUUCAACAUCGCACACCGAUGGAGCUAGUACACCAGACGUUGCCCACUCCCAAGACUUUGCGCCGCUGGAAGAAACUUAUGCCAGUUAUCGCAUCAAACACGAAGCAGACUAUUAAUUCCGCCAGUCUGCGAUUGUGUAUGUGUAUGUGAGAGUAUUUACGCGAGUGGGCGGGUGCGUUCUAGGAGAAACCAAAAAAACAAAAUAAUGAAGAAAGCUGAAGGAAAAUUGACAAAAAUAGCAAUAAACCGAAUCUGAUCACAUCCAUACAGUAUACAUUGCAUUACACUGCAGAGCAAAGUUUUUUAUAUAUAAACUCUAAUAUAAAAUAUACCACUAGCAUGUAGUUAUACGAUCAAGCUGCUUACAACGGCUGCUUACAUACGACAUGAUGACAAAGAAACAAAAACAAAAAAAAAAAAAAAAAAAUAAGAAAACAAUGAAUGAUGAAAAACACUAAGCGAUUAUUCUCAUUUAGUUCGGCUUUUCAAUUUAAUCACUUCAGAAAACGAGUAUACGAUUUUUCAAUACGUCCCUUUUCAAUGUGUUUUACAACACUGGAAAAAACUUGCCAAAAAAAGCAAAUUUAUUAUCGUUUCUUAAUGAACUAUAAUUUAAUAAUUUUUUGUUCGUUUUUUACAAUUCUUAUUUUGAUACGUUCUUAAAGAGAAUCGAAAAACAAAUGUAACUCAUAUACGUAAACGAAAAGAUACAUAAGUAAAUAAAAAUCAACCUAAGUUCAAAUGCAAAGUAUACGAAUAAAACAUAAAGUAAAACAUAUGUUUUCCUAUUAUUGUUUAUUACAAAACUAUCUAAAACAAAACAAAGAAAAUACAAAAUUAAAGUUAAUUUAAUUAAUUGAGAAUUGAAACGCGCAUAUACGAUGACAUUUUAAAUGAGCUAGAAACAGUGCGAAACUUAACUAAAUAUACGUAAUGAUCGAGAGACACAUUUUAGUUUACAAGGAGAUAAAAGAAAAUAUGAUGAAGAUGAAGAUGAAGAUGAAAUAAUAACAACUUUAAGCAUUUACUAAGCAAAAUUUUUAACUAAACAAAUGAAUACGUAAAAUGCAGAACACGAUACUAUUAUUAUAAAUAAAUGUAAUUAAAAACUAAAAAACAAAACAAAAAAAAAUUUACUAAAUACCUAGUAACAGCGCAGCUUUUGGUGCUCAAAACAGCGGUUAAGAUGUAUGAGAUGGAUUUUAAGCCAAUCCCACACUAUCCCAUGCAUAUUUACAAACACUAAUCUAGACCCAAACCAAAACCCAAACACGAGGAAAUUCUGAUACAAAUACAACUAUUUCGUUGAUUGUAGAUGCGUUUGGGUUUCCCCAACUUAAUGUAUACUAUAGCGGUCUAACUAAAUGUACGUUAUAUAGUUCUUAGUUUCCGUAACGGAAGGCUACGUAUUAGUAUGUAUGCUAAGCUAAACUUAAACUCUAUGUUUACCCAUCUAACUAAUUUCCCAAGAACUCUUCCCAGCUCUAGGCACUUCUAUCUCUAUCGCUAUUAUAUACCUAUCAUUUUCAGUUAAAGCAUACUAAAAGAAAAACAAAACAAAACAAAGUCGAAAAUAAUAUAAAAAUGAAAAAGAAAAAAAAAUUACCAAAACAUUGUACUUAAUGGAACUGCACCGUGUUGCAGUCCAGCUAUAUGGGCAACCACUUGUAUACUUACUAUUUAUGAGUAGACCAUUAAAAAAGAUGAAGAUGGUUUAUUAGUGAAAGAAACCAGUCAACAACCUAUUAACUAAAUCAAGAAUAUGUCAAAGCUUUUGUACUAUUUUUUCAACUUCAGAAUAACGAAAACACAAAACAAACACAAAACUACAAAAUAAUUAUAACAAUAAAUUAAUAAAAGAUGAAUAAUGAAGGAAUAGUUGUUGUACUUUGUCUUAUAAAAAUGAUAAAUAUGAAAACAACAAAAAUGAGUAAUUGCUGUAAUUAUAAUGUAAUUUUAGUAUAAAUCUGUGGCCAACUGAUCUUAGUUGCUUUUUUAGUUAAAAAUAAAAACAAACAAACAGCAAAUUUACCGCUAUACAUAUACACCCUAAAAAUAUAUUAAACAAAAACCUGUUGUAAUUUUGUCUGCAACAAAUUGUUUCCUAUGAUUUUUGCAAGCUUUUGCAUUUUGUUGAACACAUUUGUUUAAUAAUUUUUCUUAUAAUUAGUUAUGGGUAUUGAAUGUUUUGCAAAUUAAGCAAACAAUUUUUAUUGUUGUAAAAACAAAAAAAGAAAAAAAUACAAAAACAAAAAAAAAUACAAAAAAUACAAAUUACAAAACUGAAACUGAAAUACGUAAUUGCUUUAGGUGAUAUUUUAUAAAAAUAUAACAAAAGAAAAAUAAAUAAUAAAAUGAAUGCAAAAAAAAUAUACGUAAAUCUAUUUUAAAAAUAAUUGAGACGCUUUUUGCUUUUAUUUUGAAAUGUGCACAUAAAUAAAAUUAAUUUCUUUUGUUUCGUAUAUACAUUUUUUUAAUAUUGUUUUACGAUACAUUUUAUUUAGUUUUUAGCAAAAUUGUAAAAUGAGAAACAUGAAAGUGAAGAACCCAUGAUAAUGAUCUGUCAGAGAAGAAAACGCAAUCAAAAACAAAAAAAAAAAAAAAAAAAAAACAAAA